AGACCAAGGUAGAGAUGAGCGAAAGAGUACGUGUCCAAACCACAUCCAUCCCUCUAAAUAACAACCUUACCUUACAAUCACAAUUCAAUCAAAAAAGGAAAAAAAUACACUCUUAAAUUUGGUUCUACUGACUCAUGCUAUCAGGAAUAUACUCAAGAAACAUGAGUCCUCAAUACUAUUGGUGAUACUUAAGUACAUAAUGUUUGCAAUUUCAACACAAACGCGAGGUCUCAAACCCACGGUGGCGUCAUCAGAAUGGUUGUCUCCUACCUCCACUUCCUUUCAAAAGAACUGUGUUUCACAAGGCAGACCAUUUUCUUCAAAGCAAAGUUCUUUUCUAAGAGGUCAAUAUCAUGUUAGACACUUCCUUGGGCUCGGUAGAACUGGACAAAGAAGAAAAAAUGCAGGUGCUGUGGUAUCACCAAGUUGUGUCCUUCCACUUACUGAGGAAAACGUCGAGAAGGUUCUAGAGCAAGUCAGGCCAGGCCUAAUGGCUGAUGGAGGAAAUGUGGUACUACAUGAGAUUGAUGGCCUCGUUGUAAUUCUUAAGCUGCAAGGAGCAUGUGGAUCUUGUCCAAGUUCAACAAUGACACUUAAAAUGGGAAUUGAAACUCGUCUUCGGGACAAAAUCCCUGAAAUAAUGGCAGUUGAACAGAUUCUUGACUCUGAAACUGGCCUCGAGUUAAAUGAGGAAAAUAUUGAAAAGCUUCUUGGAGAGAUUAGACCAUACUUGGUAGGAGCGGGUGGUGGAGAAUUGGAGCUUGUACAGAUUAACGACUACGUUGUUAAGGUUAGGCUAAGUGGACCGGCUGCUUCUGUGAUGACAGUUCGUGUAGCUCUUACUCAAAAACUGAGAGAUGCAAUACCAGCUAUUGCUGCUGUUCAGUUGACAGAUUGAAGAAAAUGCUCAGCCAUACGCGUGACUACAUUUUCCUGCAAGAACAAAGAUUUACAGUAUCAUUUUUGGUAUACAACAUGUAGCAAUUCUUUGUCCCUUCA